AUGGCGGGAAUCGGUCGUUCGUGGCUUUUGCUCGUGCUUAUUUUAGCUUCGGUCAUGUCUGGAGUGCUAUGUGGCGAAGUACCUAAUUUAAAGCUUAAUAAUGGUAAAUUAAUGCCAGCGAUUGCUCUAGGAACAUAUUUGGGAUUCGAUAGGAACGGAAUUGUUAAAUCAGAGAAUAAACUAUUACGCGACGUUGUAUUACGUGCCAUCGAUACUGGAUACAGACACUUUGAUACGGCAUUUAUCUAUAGCAAUGAAGAUGAAAUAGGUGAGGCUAUAAGGAUGAAGAUUGACGAAGGUGCCGUUAACAGAAAUGAUAUAUUUGUUACGACAAAGCUUUGGAACACGCAGCACAAGAGGGAUCAAGUUCCGCUGGCGUUGAAGCAAUCCUUAGUUAUAAUGGGUCUUAAUUACGUCGACUUAUAUCUGAUGCAUUGGCCGAUCGCUUUAAACGAAAACUUCACUUUUUCUGAUGUCGACUUUAUGGAAACUUGGCGAGGGCUGGAGGAUGUCCAGCGGUUGGGCCUAGCUAAGGCAAUAGGUGUUUCAAAUUUUAAUUUGGAGCAAUUGAAAAGAGUUUUAAAAGAAGGCAAUAUCAAGCCGGCCGCUAUUCAAAUUGAGAUUCAUCCGCAAAUCAUACAGUCUGAAUUGAUUCAGUAUGCCAAUUCUGAAGGUUUGGCAGUGAUGGGAUAUAGUCCAUUCGGCUCCCUUGUUAAAAGAUACGGCUUUCAAUUCCCGGGCCCAAGAAUCGACGAUCCGGUUCUUGUCGAAAUUGCGAGGAAGUAUAACAAAACAACACCACAAGUUGUAUUAAGAUGGCUGGUGGAUAGAAAGGUCGUUCCAGUUCCAAAGACAACAAAUUUCAACCGCCUUAAGGAAAACAUUAAUAUUUUCGAUUUUAAAUUGGAGCAGCAAGAAAUAGAGAAAAUAAACCAAUUUAACACCAAUGUUCGAUACACGUUUCCAUCGUUUUGGCAAACGCACCCGUUUUACCCGUUCGAGAAGAUUGAUAUUCCUCUGGCAGACCCUUUUAAAGCAGGAGCU